AUAUCUGCGGAUUCUUCAAUUUGCUUUCUCCCUCAUAGAGGAAAGAAGUCAGGUUAUACUCUAUUUAUCCGCUUAUUGGAACUCUUUCUAAUGACCUAUGCAUUCUGUUAUCAUUUCCAGUUGGACGAUCCAUUAAUCCAAUUUGAGGAAGAAAUGAACUCUUUCCAUUUCAUUUUUUUGAGGGCUGUCGCCCUUAACUUCUUUAGGGGCUUAGAGCAGAUGAAGCCUUCCUUCUUUUUUCUCGGUCCGCUUUGGCUCCUGAUCUUGAGCUCGCUUUUCUUGGCCUCAGGCUUGGCUUCUUCUUGGAGUCCUUGCCCUUUUGAGACUUUAGGCCCUUGCCCUUGGGUUGUUGAUGUAGUUGCUUGUAGUUUUCUUUGAUUUUGAUUGAGUUGCUAGAAAGAAUAUCAAAAAAACUACAUAGUUCAGGAGAGAGAAUCAAUGUUCAGUAGUACGCCUGGUUCACCGAGUUCUACCACUGCGGGGCCUAAUCAUACUCAAAAGAAGAGUUUGAUUCUGGCUCAGAAGGAACGCUAGCUAUAUGCUUAACACAUGCAAGUCGAACGUUGUUUUCGG